AUGGCAGUCCAAUCAAUCAUCUCCCGUCAAGCCAUACCAGCUACUCAAAAAGCCCUCAAAGUUCAAGGUGCAGGAACAGUCACCCUCCAAGAAAACAGCCCCGUCGAGCCCCCAAAAGAAGAUGAAGUCCUCGUCAGAAUCUUUUGCGUUGGCGUCAAUCCCCAUGACUGGAAAUCCCUAGACAUGUCAGCAUCCCCCGGCGCAACGUGGGGUUGCGAUUUUGCAGGUGAAGUCGUCACUGCGGGACCUCUCACAAACAAGUUCAAACCUGGUGAUCGCGUUGGUGGUGCUUGUGCGGGUAACCGAUCUGAUAAUCCGAAUAACGGAGGUUUCGCAGAGUAUGUCAGUGUUCCGGAGAUGUUGCUCCUCAGACUUCCGGAUUGGAUGAGUUUUGAGCAGGGCGCGACAUUGGGUGUUGGUUUACUGACUGUCGGGUUGUCUUUGUACCAUACUAUGAAGCUUCCACUUCCUUACUCGGGUGAAGCAAGAGACCAGUACAUAUUGAUCUACGGUGGUGGAACGGCUACCGGAGGUUUGGCCAUCCAGGCCGCCAAACUAUCUGGCUUGAAGCCCAUCACAACCUGUUCACCAGGAAAGUUUGAGCACGUCAAGUCUCUAGGCGCCGUUGGAGCCUUCGACUACCGCUCUCCCUCCUGCGCCUCAGACAUCCGCACCUUUACACAAGAUAGUCUGGAGUACGUUUUCGACUGCAUCACCGAGAGCAGCAGUAUGAAAAUCUGCUACGCUGCCAUCGGUGGUCACGGAGGUAACUACAUCGGUCUAGACCAAUUUCCGAUUCGCGGCCAUACGCGUCGCGAUGUUCGUCCUGGCUGGGUUCUCGCGUGGACAGCGCUGGGUAAGCCUGUUGAUUGGAGAAAGCCAUAUCGCAGAGAAGCAAGACCCAAGGAUAAGGCGUUUGCGGAGAGAUGGGCGCCUAUCGCACAGAAGUUGUUGGACAACAAGGAUAUUGUGACGCAUCCUACUGAGGUUAGUGAUGAGGGCCUCGCUGGGGUCGCGAAGGGAGCGGAGAGGGUUAAGAUGGGUACAGCUGGUGGUAAGAAGCUGAUAUACCGUGUUGCUACGCCCUCAACAUCUUGA